CCUUCAUAUUGUUGGUUUUGUGUUUUUUAUUGUAAAAGCAAUUGUAUCUUUGUUUUCUUUUGGUAAUUGAUUAAAUUAAAUUAAUUGUUCAAUUAUGGAUGAUUGGAAUGAUCAAGCUGUCUACUCAGCGAACGCUGCUAUUGGCGACCAACCCGAAAUUAAGCUUUUCGGACGGUGGACAACAACCGAUCUUGAGGUUUCUGACAUAUCUUUAGGUGAUUACAUUGCUGUUAAGGAGAAACAUUCUCGUUAUCUUCCUCAUUCUGCUGGUCGAUAUGCUGCCAAGAGAUUCAGAAAGGCACAAUGUUUCAUCGUGGAAAGAUUAACCAACUCAAUGAUGAUGCAUGGUCGUAACAAUGGUAAAAAAUUGAUGGCCGUUCGCAUUGUUAAACAUGCUUUUGAAAUUAUUCACCUGCUCACCGGGGAAAAUCCAUUACAAAUUUUAGUUGAUGCGGUUAUUAACAGUGGACCACGUGAAGAUUCAACCAGAAUCGGUCGAGCCGGUACAGUCCGUCGUCAAGCUGUUGAUGUUUCUCCACUUCGAAGAGUUAACCAGGCUAUCUGGUUACUGUGUACUGGUGCUCGAGAAGCCGCCUUUAGGAAUAUUAAGACAAUUGCUGAAUGUCUAGCCGAUGAGUUGAUCAAUGCCGCUAAGGGGUCAUCAAACAGUUAUGCUAUUAAGAAGAAGGACGAAUUGGAACGUGUCGCCAAAUCCAACCGUUAGAUUUAUUUAAAAUACUAUUCUGGAUUUCUCAACAUUCUAAUGGCUGUUACAAUUACAAUGUCCACUUAGAUUAUUGUGAAUAAUCAAAUAAAAAUGACUUCUUUCUAUCA